GCGGUGCGGUGCGGUGCGGUGCGGGCGGGCGGGCGGGCCAGCCAGCGGCCCGCUGCCCUCUCCUCGCUGCUGCCUCGGCGGGGCCGCCCCCCACCCCCGGUCGCCGCCGCCAUCAUGCACCCCGUUUUCCAGAGCAGCCGCCGCGACUUCACUUUCGGGCCCUGGAAGCUGAGCGCCGCCCAGACGCACAUCAUGAAAUCGGCGCAGGCCGAGAGGUUGGCUGAUGAAUUGCACAUGCCUUCCCUGCCAGAAAUGAUGUUUGGAGACAAUAUCCUAAGAAUACAACAUGACCAUGGUUUUGGAAUUGAGUUCAAUGCAACAGAUGCUUUAAAAUGUGUCAAUAAUUGCCAAGGUAUGAUCAAAGUGGCUUGUGCAGAGGAGUGGCAGGAGAGCAGGAGUGAGACUGAGCACACUAAGGAAGUUGUCAAACCAUAUGACUGGACUUACACAACAGACUACAAAGGGACAUUGCUGGGAGACACUGUAACAUUGAAGGUUGUGCCUACAACAGAACACAUAAAUACAGAGAAAUUGAAAGCCAGAGAACAAAUUAUGUUUUUUGAAGAAGUCCUUUUGUUUGAAGAUGAACUUCAUGAUCAUGGAGUAUCUAGUUUGAGUGUAAAAAUAAGAGUUAUGCCUUCCAGCUUUUUUGUGUUAUUGAGGUUUUUCUUGCGAGUUGAUGGUGUACUUAUCAGGAUGAAUGAUACAAGGCUUCAUCAUGAGGCUGACAAGGCCUACAUGUUGCGAGAAUAUACAUCCAGAGAAAGCAAAAUAUCAAGUUUAAAGCAUGUUCCACCUUCCCUGUUCACGGAACCUAAUGAGAUCUCUCAGUAUCUGCCUAUAAAGGAGACAAUUUGUGAAAAGCUAGAAUUUCCAGAGAAGCUGGAGCCUGAACCACAAGCAUCACUGGAAAGCACGUGUGUGGAGUCUAAAUAAAUGUGACUUUACAUGGACUUGAAGUAGACUGGAAAUCAUGUGAUCAUGUCACCAUUACUGUUGGGGGGGGGUGGUUUCACUAUUUGUGGAAUAAAGAGUUUGGCUAAGUUUUCUGUAGCCCUAAAUGAAAAGAGAACUUAUUUCAAGCAGGUUUUGAUGAUUUUUAUUGUUUUAUGUUUUUUUUAUUUCAAAACUGUAUCUGGAGUUAAUGAUAGACUGGAGGUGAAUUAGUCUUAAAUGGCAAUGGAGAAAGACUCCCAUAAUGAAGCAUUUGGGUUCUGUUUAGUUCAGUGGUUAGGAAGGAGUAUUGCCUGGACCCUCCACCACAAACACUUCCAAGAAGAUUUUCUUGUUCUUGCUUCAGAUACCAAGAGCCUAUUACAGUUCACAAGACUAUAGAGAAAUCUGUAGUUUAAAAAAAGUUUGUUCCCUCUGUGUAUACUUUGGGCUUUCAGUCUUAAGCUAUGCAUUUUGCUUGGGGCUCCCCCUGCUGCAAGCUGAUAACCAAUUAAGCCACUUCUUGGAAUCUCUCAUCUGGCCUUCUUACUUAGCAAUAUUCAUUUUAUCUGUGAGCAACUUUAAGGAGCAAAAAAUAAUUGCAUUUGUUAGACCCUAUGUAAAGGUAAAAAAUACUUUAUUCAUGAGCCAUCAGCUUCAGAGCAGAAAAAAAGCUGAGGGAUGUCAACCAUAUUUCUCCAGACAGCUCUGGAAACUGUUACUUGGGUUAGGUGAGCUGCAAAGGUCAUAUGCUUUCUUGGAAAUGCAUUGCUGUACUGACCUUCUGUUGGGCAUAUCAGCUAGUUCUCAUGUGUCGUAGUUAUGCUGCCCUGAUGAUCAAAUUGUUAAAUUCCAGGGUAGUUUUGGCUACUGAACUGAGGGGAGCUUUUAGUAUCUCAUCUCUAAAGGAUGCUGGUAUUUCGAAUUUGAGAACUACAAGCUUACAUAGCUUUAAAGGAAUGCUAUCAUGUAUUCCAGAUAUGUAAUUUUCAUUCAUCUUCUAAGUUCUUUAAAUUUUAAUAGAUGUGUUCAUAUGCACAUUCACAAUUUUAACUCAACAUUUUAUGGAUUAAACAUUUACAUAAUUUAGUUUCCAAAAGAAAUUUAAUGUUAAUGAUUUGCCAUAAGAAUGAGGGAGUUAGACUAGUUUAGGUUUACUGUUCAUACUUGCUGUUAAGUGCAAGAAGCAAAUGACAUAGUGAAAAUAAGCCUUGUGGAAAACCUAAAGUAAUUUAAGAAAAUGGCGAAUAAGGAUGUAUGCAUUUUAAUCUCUUAGAGUUUUUUUUUCUUAAAAUUCUAAAUAUUCUACACUGCGUACACUUCAUACCAACAGUCUACCCCAAACCUCAGCGUAUACCCAGUUCUUUCACUUAAAGAUGACCCUGAAAUUUUUAGAAAAAGUAUACAGCUAUCUAAGUGACUAUGGUCUUAAUAAAAACAAACUUGCAUUGUUUUACCUUGUUCUGCACCUGCCUUGCUCUAUUUAAGGCACUCUGGUCUAAUGAAUUGAUCAUAAGAUUGAAAAGCAGGAAUUAACUGGAGUUCUUAUCAUUGAUUUAUACUUUAACCAUGGGGAAGUCACUGGACUUGUGUGCCUCUGUUCCUUGUCUGUAAAAAUGGGAUUAAUACAUGCCUAGUUUACUGAGGGUGUGUGAGGAUUAUUUUGUAAAAUGCUAUUUUUUUCCUGAAUAUACCUUAGCCUUAUCUUUGUAAAGAAUUAUUGCCAAAAAACACCCCCCCACACUUAUCUAUGGGAUAAAGUGAGUGAAGUGAAAUUAAAACACUAUCUCUGGAUGAAAUGAUUAUCAGGCAGGUAUGAUUUGGAGUGAGUGAAUUUAGGGCUAUUUUGAAGUGGGGAUGAUAUCCUGUAUAUUUCCCCUCCCUUUUUUCCUCUACCUUCCUGAACUUGUUUCCUAAUAAAGACUUCAGCAUCAAGAUGAAGAAGAGUGGGUGUACUUGGCAGCAAAUGAAUAUAACAUGAAUGUGAUUAAAAUUAAUUUCACAGUAGCGAUAAUUUAGGUCUCUACAUGGCAGAGAAUAAAAAAGGAGGAAACAAUAAAUGGGGGUGGAGGCAUAUUUUGCCUGUGAAAAUAAAUCAUGGUACUUUUUUAUGCUAAGUGUAUACUAUUUUACAUGCCUUAGAGGCUUAGAAAAACACAAAGUCAAAACUGGUAGUGAUGGAGAGGGCAUCUGACAAAGUGCUGGCAAGAAGGAAAUACAUUUUUGCAAUUCAUAAUUAAAGCUUUUUCAGGUUUGGUGAGUGAUACUGACAUUAAACUUCCUGGGGCUGUAGUGGGGAAAACACACGGAACUGACACCUAGUGUUCUGAAGGGUGCUGUGCAUGUUUAGCUUACACUGUGUAUUUUAUGCUGUCCACACUGAUUUAUGAGCUGCUGAUACAGUUGUCUUGGUUGGACUUAAAUCUCUGAAUAUAUAGAUAACUGACAGCCAUCUCUUUUGGGUGCUGUGCAUUUGAGUGGAACACACAUGUUGGAGAAGUCACAAGGUGAUGUUCAGAAAGUUAGAGUUCCCACAAAAUAAAACAUGAAACACUUCUUGUGACUCUCUUACAACAUGUGGGUUAUCAGGAAGCAGUAAAAUAAAGUGGUAUACUACAAGCUCUCUGGUGCAAAUUUUCUAGGAAAAAAAGAAGAGAUGUAUGCUUUUGAGCAGAGGGAGUGGGGUAAUUCUCCAGCUAUUUUGUGGUGAGUCUAACAUGUGGUGGUUUAUAUUCUUACUUGUAUGUUGCUAAAUAAAAUUUACCCAACAUUUUAUAGUUCUGUUUUUAUCUGAGCAAAAUAAAAUGAAAUAACUGCUUGUCA